AUGUUUCGCACAGCAGUUCGUCGCUUUGCCGCCACGGCUCUGCGUCCGGCCGAGACGGUCGCCCAAAUGGAGGCUCCACAGCUCCAUGGAAUCGAGAUCUCAAAGGCACAGCGCAUUGCCCACGAUGGCUUCAUUGAUGCCAUUGGCAAGACGCCACUCAUCCGCAUGAAGAAGCUUUCAGAAGAGACGGGCUGCAAUAUCCUGGGCAAGGCCGAGUUCCAGAACCCUGGUGGCAGCGUCAAGGACCGCGCUGCUCUCUACGUCGUCAAGGAUGCCGAAGAGCGCGGUCUGAUCAAGCCUGGCGGUACUGUCGUCGAGGGCACUGCUGGAAACACUGGCAUCGGUCUCGCCCACGUCUGUCGCAGCAAGGGCUACAAGCUCGUCAUCUACAUGCCCAACACGCAAUCACAAGGCAAGAUCGACCUGUUGCGUCUGCUGGGUGCUGAGGUCUACCCUGUUCCUGCCGUCGCCUUUGAGAACCCCGACAACUACAACUGGCAGGCCAAGCGCCAUGCUGAGCGCCUUGACAAUGCUGUUUGGACCAACCAGUUCGACAACACCGCCAACCGUCGUGCACACAUUGAAACCACUGGUCCUGAGAUCUGGAAUCAAACUGCUGGCAAGAUUGACGCUUUUACCUGUGCUUCCGGUACCGCUGGCACCAUCGCCGGCAUUACUCGCUACCUCAAGACCAUCAGUGACGGUCGCGUCAAGUGCUUCCUGGCCGACCCGCCAGGCAGUGUCCUCCACAGUUACAUUCAAUCUGGCGGUGUUCUCACCGAGCGCAAAGGAAGCUCAAUCACAGAAGGCAUUGGCCAGGGCCGUGUGACCGACAACCUCAAGCCCGACAUUGACCUCCUGGAUGGCUCGCUCAACGUUCCCGACGAGCAAAGUAUCGAAAUGGUCUACCGCUGUCUGGACGAGGAAGGUCUCUACCUCGGUGCUUCUUCUGCUCUCAACGUUGCAGCCGCCAGGAACGUAGCACAAAAGUUGGGUCCCGGAAACACCGUUGUGACCAUUCUCUGCGAUGGCGCAUACCGCUACGCCGACCGCCUCUUCUCGAGAAAGUGGCUCGAGAGCAAGAAGCUCGUCGAUGCCAUUCCUACCAACUUGCACAAGUACAUUGUCCUGCCGUAG